UCAGCACACAGUUGUAGAUGCAGAAAGUAGCGAGUUCAUCGUAGCAGUCCGCGAAAAAAGAAAAUUACGAUUCAAAUCAACUAAAUUUUUCAAAUUUGCGUGAGUGGAAAUACCAAUUGAAGUUCAAGAUUUUCUUUCGGCUUGAAAUUCAGUGAGCUUGGAAGUCUAAAGCGAAGGUUCCGAAGUGGAUUCCCGUUGAUUGCGGAUAAGGAUUUUGGGUGUGAAAAUGGCAACGGAAGACCAAAACGAAACACUGCCACCAGCGCAACAAUCACCUCCAGAGGAAGACAAACCGAAAGAAGUUACCAAACGUUCGAUCCGCCUGGACACAUGGCAAAAGAUAAAGGACCAGAAACUGUCGCCGCUGCGUCGGUUUUCCGUGUUCAAUAAGAUUCCGAAUUAUGUCGGGGCAGACAAAGCUGCCGAACUGCUAGCCGAAACGGAGGAGUUCAAAAAAGCAAAAAAGGUCAAAGUGAACAUUGACCUGGCCCAGGAACCGGUUAAGGUUGAGGUCAUCAAGGGCCACAAGACACUAUUUGUGCCACCGGCUCAGAAGUCAUCGAAUGUGUACGCCAAAAUCAAAAACUGCAACCCGGAUGAGGUCGACUUGGCCACGCAAAAGAAAAUCAUCAAGCUGCAAGGUGACGAGGAUACGUUCGAAGAGAUUGAUAUCAACGGAAUUGAAAAGCUUGACAUAGUUGUAGUCGGUUCAUGCGCAGUUUCCAGGCAGGGUCACCGUAUCGGCAAGGGUAACGGUUACGUCGAUUUGGACGUCGGUAUUCUGACGUACUUGGGAGUGAUCACCAAGGACACACUGAUCGUGACCACCGUACACGAUGUUCAGGUGUACGAUACACUGCCGGAGCACUUGUUCCAGAGCUACGAUCUGCCACUGGACUUGAUUGUUACGCCGACCGAAGUUAUUCGUGUGAGCAAGCGUCUGCCUCGUCCGGAAGGCAUCGAGUGGAAACUGCUAUCAUCACGUCGGUUGGAAAUCGUUCCGGUGCUGAAGUGCAUCAAGGAACGGGAAGAAAAAUCCGGUGCGGUGAUCGAGUUGAAGUCGGAGGAUACCGACGUGGAAAGUUACCAACAGAAAUCCCGUCAGAAUAGACGUUCGUUCCGGCGCAAUCAGUCGGGUCAACGACGACGUCGGCGAUCCGACCGACGGGUCAGCGAGAAGCAGCAGAAUGGAGAUGGUGAAAGUCACGACGAAGAGGGGGCAGAGAAAACCGAUGGUGAAGUCGGAGAAGGUGGUAAGCAGGGAAGUGGUCGCCCACCGCGAAGGAAUCGUUUCCGCAGAGGACCUCGUCGUUCUACCAAUAAGGAUGAGUCCGCAGCAGAAAAGUCCGAAGGUGAAGAGAAGGGUGGUGCCGAUAAGGAAGCUGGUGACGGUGAUGGUAAGAAGGGUGGUCGCGAUCGUAGACGCAGGGACAGGAAUUCGAAGGGCGACAGGAAGGGUGGACGAGUUGAACGCGACUUGUGCAUCCGGGUUACGAACAUUGCUCGUACGAUGAGAAUCAAAGAACUGAAGCAAGAGCUACGCACCCGGGAAUGCAAUCCAAUCUUCAUCACCUGGAAUGGUUACCACGGAAAGUGCUAUCUGCAUUUCCCCAAGAAGCCAGAUCAGACCGAUGAUGAUGCUGGUACGGAAUUACUGAAGCAAUUGGAGGACCUCACUCUGACAGUGACACCACGGGAGAAGGAGGGAGGCGGCGAACCGAAACAGGUGACAUUGAAGUGCGAGAUUAUGAAGCGAAAGGAAAGUGGCGGUGGAGACGCGGAAACCGCCACCAACGGAACCGUUUUGGAGGGAAGUCGAAUCGAAACGACCGACGUGACUGCUGUCUAAGCGACACCAGGAGCAUCAUUCACCAAAACAAAACAUGUGAAACGCGCGAGCAGAGUGCAAAAUAUCGGAGAGAACCGACUCUUGUGGAGGUGCAUCCCAAUAGCGGUAUUCGUCGUAGCCAACGUUGUCCAAUCUCUUUGUCGUCCAGUUCCCUUAACAGAUGUUAGAUGUUUUCAAGAUGAUUAUGAUUAUUGGAAGGAGAAAAUCUGCUACCGCCACCGCUUUUUUCUUGUGGGAAGCGAUUGCUUACAAUUGAGUUCUUAUCCAGUUCGAAAAACGGUAUACUAUCGUUGCUGCACUUUCCUGCCUUUCUGAAGCCCCGUCCCCCAAACCGGUCGGGCCUGGAAGUUGCGCCGUAGGAAACAACGCAGAUGCGUCAGUUACAGAUGCUAAUUAAUAUAUCUUCCCCUCCCUCCGAAUUAAAAAAAAAAAACAAGCAAAAAACGAACACAACGCGCUCGUUGCAAAGCUUUCGCAGGACUUUUGCUUUUCAACUGACGAAGCGUUUUCUCACAUGCUGGAGGAGAAGCAACACAAGGAUAUGUUGUUAUCAAUUAUUAUUUUUCUUUGUUACUAACCCUUAAGAGACAGACCAAGAGAUUACUUAUUAAUAUUGUGAAUUGAUAAAGGCCUUCACCUUCCAAUAUCUUAGACGCGAGGAAUUUCCAUUAGUUCGUGCAAAAGUUGUACGUAGGAGAAAAGCGAAAGCCGCGGUACGUCGAAAUCCGAUUUUUGCCUUUUUGAGCGACAGAACGAUUAAGAAGAACAGAAACAAACGAUCGUAAUUUAAUGAGGAAUGUAUGUGCGUAAGAAGCGAGAUCACUUUACUAUGGGAAACAAACCAAUGACGAAGAAACGAUGGAAAAACAAGCAAUUCUUUUUCCUGCUAGAGAUAAAAAAAGCAAGUUGAAAACGUAUUUGAAUUAUGUAAUAUUGAAAAACAAACAUUGUAUGCUGUACUGUUAACGAAUGGACAAUUUUGAAGGGAUUAACAAUUGAAGUACAUAAUAUAUUUAAUCGCUGCUAAAACAAACUGGAAACAGAAUGAAUGAACUAGAAUUGUAGUAGAUGAGUUGAAGCAAUGAAAUCAACAUUUUUUUGUAUGGACACAUUAUGUAUGCAAAUACAACACUGAACAUGAAUAAAACCAGUCGUUUGUGCAUAUUUAAAGAGAAGAGAUUAAGAUGUGCAUGCCUAUUUAUAUAAUAUUCAUUUAUGAUGUUGAUGGAAAAGAGAAUUUUCUUCUUUGCUUCUAAAUAUUAUGGAUAAAAAAAAACGAAACGUUGAUUCGCGAACGAGAGAAAGCGCGCAAUGGUCGUGUUUUGUGUACUCAGAAAUUUCGAUUUUGGUGUUUGACAUGAUAAUUAUUAUUUUGACACUCCGAAACACACAACCACAAAUUGAUUAAAAACCAAAAAAAAAAAAAAGAAUAAUGGUUUGUUAAAGGAAAACCGUGAAUCACAUACGUUCAUGUCCUAAAACGGUAGAUGUAGAUUGUGAGCCACGUGUAAACGGAACAGCAUAGAGCAAGCUGGAGGCGCAAAGUUUGAAACUCUGAUCAAAUGGAGAUGAAUUUUUUGAGCACAGAAUAAAACAUGAAAGCUUACCUUUUUCCAGUGAAUCAACUUGUUGCAUGAAGAAAAAAAGAGGCGAUAUAAAAUUCAAGGUAAAAUAGGAAACACAAGAAUAAAAUCUAACAAUUAGUUUAUGGUUGGGAAUUAAGUGAGGAAAUCGGGGCAGAUCGGUGCGCGCUUUGCUGUAUAAGAAAUAUUAGAGGAAAAUAGAUGAAACAUAAUUUAGCAAGGACAAAACCAAGGUCAUCUAUUUUCCUAAACCGAUCUAGCCUCUUAGGUUCUAGGAUUAAGAAGCAGGAUUCGAUCUAAGAGACAAAAACAAGAUUGAGCAUAUGUUUAUGAAAAUUUCCGGAAUUGGACCUUCUGUCCGUGCGAAUGAUGAAGCUAACACUGGACAAUGCUCGAUCUUUCUUGUCUCAUCACGUUUAUCUAAGUGCAUAUAUUUAAGACGAUAGUAGAUCGAAUCCCGGCAUCCAUUUUACCUACUAAUUAUAUUCACCUUAACAUUCAAAACCACGCUGUCAGAACGAUUGUUUUUCGUCUCUUCCUAUCAAGUUUGUAGCAACCAAAAUUGGGAUCUUUAACAAGCUGAUUGUUGUUGAUAAAUCUGUUUCACUACUUUUCAAAAGCUUCAUAUGAAUAAUUUCCUCUGCGGUUUUUGAAAAGUGUUGUUGCAUUUCACGUCGAUGGAAAACAACGCAACGGCAGUUCGUAUAACCCUUCAAACACUUAUUGAUAUUUCAGAGCAAAAACGCUAAUUAACGGUUUUCUUCACUACAAGAAUAAUAGGAGGUAAGAGUAAGGAAAAAAUUCAACUAAAAAAGCUACAACAACGAUAAAAGAGGUCAUCAGAGUGCAAAAGUUCAUAGAAUUGCGCUAAGCACUCUCACAUACAUACACACACGAAACACAAAUAAAGCAUGUUAGAUCAAGCAAAGGAAGUACACGAUAAUAACGGUUAAAAUGUAGGUUUAAAAACUUAUUUACAUCUCACAGCAAAUGUAAGGCAAGAGGACAAACCGAAAGGGAAAUUUUCCACGAAAAUGCUAAGGUCGAGAAAUCGCCGCCUCAGUGGAUAUGUAUGUUCGCAUUGACCGUGUGAAAACUUCCCUUCCGCUGCUUCCCGUGUAAGAAUAAGGUUUAUUGAAUGUUUACGUUUUCUUUUAACAAAAACAAAAUACAAACAAACGAUUUCAUUUUUAGGAUUCCCCAUACUAAUAAUACCAGACAGAACUAAAUUUUACCCAUGGAAGCAAAAGCGUAAUUGGUAUACACGUUUAAAGUAGGAUCUUAGGAAUUAACCAGAAGACCACACGAUUUGUUUUUUUUUUCUUUCGAUUUUUUUUUUUAUAAUACUACCCCGUAAUGAAAUAGAGAAUUAAUUUUCACCCACAAAUAAAACCAUGCAUCUAUUUAGUAUCUUAGGUACAUAUUUCGGUACAAGCGCAAACUACGCGAACGGUGCAGAAGCAGCCACUGUGCAAGAAGAAAAAAAACACAAAUGAAUAUUAUUUCGUGGACAAGAAAAAUUAGGCCGUAAAAGAUGGUUCAAAGGCGAGAAAGAGGAGAAAUGUUGACAAAAUCACACUAGAUUCCGGUUUGAUAGCAACUUCUUUCAAUACUGUUUAUUCCGAUAGAAACAAAACGGAACUGCAAAGCAUAAUACCUGCUGUGAAGAAGCAGUGAAGACAGGAAAAAGAAUUAAAGAGUAUAAAAAAGUAAUUUUCCAAAUCCCGAGGAAACGAAAACCGAGAAGCACAUUCGGAAAGAAGAAGGCUUGUCGACGACAGACAACACACACGUGGAAAAAGAAUAGAUAUUGGAAGCUCUUGAGUGAGACAGAGCGAACGAAAAAACAAACGAACUCACAAUACAGAACAACACACAAAACAAAACAAAAACAAAGUAAAUCAACGCCCAGGGAUUAAACGUAAAACGAAAGAAGCAACCAACCAACCAACACUCAAACAACCUCUAUUAUGCAAUGAGUAGACGUUUAAAGAUUAUCAAAUUCAAACCAGAUCACCAUUUGUAAGAACUUGAACAAUAACAACUUUUUUGAAUAAAACAUUUUACGCCUAA